UGUAAGGGAGGGAAGAAGGAAGGAAAGGGGAAGAGGAGGAAGAUCUCCAAACCAAUUCUACUUCCACGAAAGUAAGAAAAGAUUCCAGAAAUGCAAUUAUCCCUGCUUAGAAUUUCUGACCCAGCUUUGGGAAUUAUCAAACUCAAAUCUGCAUUCACGUUACAUUUCCCCAUUCUUUUAGUGAUACUUUCAAACCCAGGGACACCAUUCCCUAAUUUUGGUGCUUUUUCUAGCAGGAAAAAAAAGAGAAAAAUCACAGGGCUCUAAAGAACAGCCCUUUACCGGCUCCACCUAUACAAGGACCAGGCAGGGGGUGGGAAGAAGGGGGAGGAGGAGACGUGGAGGAAAGCCCCCCUCCCAAAAAACCCCCCAAGAAAUCAAACUCCAGCGAGUUGUUUUUCCCCAUAGCCCCAACCCUUCCCUUCCUCCACCCUCCAGACGCUCUCGCUGGGUUUGGGAACUCCUCAAGCAACUUCACCUUGUUUCCCUCAAGCGGACUUGUGUCCCUCUUCUCCUCUCGGAAGAAGAAGACUCUGAAAGGCUGGAAUUUCGGGUUGGACCGGAGAAAGGAGGGAUGUCAUCGGAGAUCAAGGGGGUAGUCUUGGGGGGUGCCUGGUUCCCUCCCCUCAUUGGGCCCCAAGCCAAGACCCCCAGCUUAUAAAGUGGGAGAGAAGGACUCAUGUUCUCCAACAACACAGCGGAGUUCAAGUUCGAGGCUGCCUGAGAGGCGAAGUUAAACCCCACGAAAAGUAACGGCGUUGGCUUCCAUCCCUCGAAGACUACCAUCACACACACACACACACCCUUCACUUCCAGCAACCCAUUUUCCACAGCCUUCCCUGGGCUGGCCUGCGUCUUCUAGAUGGCUCCUACUGAUCAUCUCCAUGUAAACACACCACUGAGAGAAAGCAUCCCGCUCUCCAAGUUGGCUGGCACCAAGGUCUAUCUCAAACUGGAGUGCUCCCAACCCACAGCUUCUUUUAAGAUACGGGGCAUCGGGAACUUCUGCAAAACGUGGGUGGAACGAGGGUGCAAGCACUUCAUCACUUCCUCAGCUGGAAAUGCCGGCCUUGCGGUGGCUUACUCUGCCCGAAUGUUGGGGAUCCCAGCCACCAUCUACGUCCCCUCCUGUACCCCAGCUUUCACUAUUGAGCGACUGAAGGAAGAAGGCAGCUCGGUGUACGUUGAAGGAGAGAUAUUAGCAGACAGCACAAAAGCAGCUAAAGAGUUGGUGAAGAACAAUCCUGAGUGGGUUUAUGUGCCUCCAUUCGAUGACCCCUUGAUUUGGGAAGGUCACAUGACUCUGGUCCGGGAGAUGAAAGAGCAGAUGGCCUCCAAGCCUGGAGCCAUCGCCCUCUCCGUCGGAGGAGGGGGCAUGCUAUGUGGAGUGGUCCAAGGCCUACGAGAAGUGGGCUGGGACGAUGUGCCGGUGGUUGCCUUGGAAACCAAAGGAGCUCACAGCCUGAAUGCUGCCUUGGCAGCUGGGAAGCUGGUGACACUUCCUCAAAUUACCAGUGUCGCAACAACUCUGGGGGUGAGCGUGGUGGCAGCAGAGACUUUGAAGCUGGCUCAGGAGCACCCGACUCUAUCAGUAGUGGUCACGGACCAGGAGGCAGUGGAAGCGAUUGAAAAGUUUGUGGAUGACGAGAAGAUCCUCGUGGAGCCUGCUUGUGGGGCUGCCUUAGCCAUUGUCUACAGCGGAAGGGUGCAAAAGCUACAAGCAGAAGGCAAGCUGACGCCCCAGCUGGACUCUCUCGUGGUGAUCGUGUGUGGAGGAAACAAUAUCACACUGGCCCAAUUGAAACAUCUCAAAGCCCAACUGGGCCUCUCGGAAGACGAGGAGCCGUGGGAUGACGACGUAGAAGAGACCCACAUCGCGAUGGCCUUGUGUUCUUCACAAAACAAAGGUGGCCAUUUUCGGACUUCGUUCCAGACCCACCGUCAACCCUACGCUUAUUAAAACACCGUUGCCUCACGCUGUCUUCCUUCCUUCCUUCCUUCCUUCCUUCCUUCCUUCCUUCCUUCCUUCCUUGGCUUCUCUCUUACACAAAGGUGCCACAGGAACCCACUGGUGGGAAUGACAGUCCAGGAUCGUCUCCCUUAAAACCUUAGUUGGAUCCCCAAUCAAGAGAGAGCCAGCCCUAGGUCACUGUCAGAUGCUUGGUCUUCCACCAUGGUGUUGGGUUGAAGCCCAGUUCUCCAGUGUGGUGACCAGGUAGAAUGUUCUUCUGGUUUUGGAGACCAUCCCUUAAGACUGGCUAUUGGUUCCUCCUGGACAGGAAAGGAGACCAAGAUCUUCCUGUUCCAGUGGGAUCCAACCUCUUGUAAGUUCCUCCUAGGGAAUCUUUUCAGAUCAGACAAUCAGAAAGGUUCCAGGGUGAUGGACAAUCAGAAAGGUUCCAGAGUGAUGGAGACACAGGUAGUCCUCAACUUAUGACCGGUCACUUAAUGACCAUUUAAAGUUAUCAUGGACUUCCCUGGGGUACUUACGACCCAGUUUUGAAGUUCUGAGGGCCAUCCCUGUCCCAUCCUCCAAAGUCACAUGACCUCACUUUGGGUGUUCAGCACCUGGUCCAUAUUUACGGUCGUUUGUAACACCCCAAAUGUGACCACGAUGGCUGUUGCCGAAAAUCAUCAGUUCCUUCCGGUUUUCGUCAAAACAGGCCCAUAACCCAUGAUUGGUUCGCUUAAUGGCCACAGUGUUUGUUUCACGACCGCCGCCAAAAAGGGCCUACAAUCGGGCCAGUCAUAUGUCUGGUGUCCUGAUAUAUGACUGUCCUGGCUUACAAUUGUAAAGGGCAUGUCCCUUUAUGGUUGUAACUCGAGGACUGCCUGUAUAGGCUCAAGGGGAAUCUUCCCUUCUGGGCCAUAACAAUGGAAGGGGUGAAACUGGUCUUUGAAAAACCCCUUUCUCUUCCCUGAGGAAAAACCACGGGGACGGCAUCGACUGAAUGUGAUUAUAUAAACAGUAGCCAGCUUUAGUAAUUCAUAUUUUACUUCGAUAGUCAAGAGUCCCCCAGCCUUCUUUCCUUCCUUGGAUCUGUCCUUCCUUCCCCACUACACAAUAGUGUGUCUCCCCCACCCACCCACAAAGCUUCUCCUAGUGCAAACAAUUAAACAAAAACCACAGCCCUGGUAAUUUAAAAAAUUGGUAAUGUUUCUUCUCUUUCUUUUCCUGUCACUCUUUUAAGAGCAACAAAAAAUCAAUACAUGAAUAAACGAA